AUGGCGUCCUUACCGACCCUGACCCACUGCUUCUUACCCAUCGAGCCCUUCAACGGUAGGAACCACUUCCGCCGCUGGCGGGAGUCCAUCCUCCUCCGCCUCCUCACCCUCGACAUUGCCCACGUCCUCUCCGAUCGCCGCCCCUCCUCCACCGACGCCGCCAAGCAGUGGGACCGCGACGACGCCCUCUGCCGUGGCCACAUCCUCCACACCCUCGCCGACCGCGUCUUCGAUCUCCACGUCCACCGCUCCACGGCCAAGGACCUCUGGGACGCCCUCCAGUACACCUACGGCGUCGAACCCAACACCUCCUUCCGCCGGCUUACGCGCUUCGUGAUGGUCGACGAGGAGCCCGUCCUCGAGCAGGUGGCCAAGUUUCAUGCCCUCGCCAGCGAAGCCAAGUCCCAGGGCGACGGAUUACCCGAGACGUAUCUGGUCAAGCAGUUGAUGUUAGUAUUGCCGCCCUCCUGGUACAAGGAACCUGUCGAUCUUUUAAAAAAGGAGAGGGACAUGUCCAUGGACGAGGUCUGCUGGCGGAUUCGACAACAGGAGGCGUUUAAUAGAUUGGUGAAGGAGGACGAAGGAGUUGAUAAGAGGGACAAUGCGGGAUGUAAAGCGCUGUCCUUGAGGAAGACGAUCGGGAAGAAGCGGAAGGCAGGAGCAUGUUAUAAUUGCGGCAAGUCUGGCCACAUUGCCAGGUUCUGCAGGCAGGUGAAGCCGACGACAAGCUCGCCGUCGUUUCAGUCUAGUGGAACUGCAGGAGAUUAUAGUUACUGA